AUGACUCCAACUAUUCCUCCUAUCACUGAACCAGCGAUUACACCUGUAUUAACUUUUGUUAUCGCUGGAGAUGGAGUUGCAGCAGGUUUUUUUGCUGUAGCUGGUGCUUUACCGUUAGCUGGUGCUUUACCGUUGGCUGGUGCUUUACCAUCAUAUGGUUCUGGUGCUUUACCGUUGGCUGGUGCUGGUUCUGGUGCUUUGCCAUCAGCAGGUGCUGGUGCUUUACCGUCGGCUGGUGCUGGUACUGGUGUUUUGCCAUCAGCAGGUGCUGGUGCUUUACCGUCGGCUGGUGCUGGUUCUGGUGCUUUUCCAUCAGCAGGUGCUGCUGGUGCUGGAUCUGGUGCUUUGCCAUCAGCAGGUGCUGGUGCUUUACCGUCGGCUGGUGCUGGUGCUGGUGCUUUACCAUCAUCUGAACUUUGA